GAAAAUAAAAGAGAGAAAAAAAAAAAAUCCCUAUUCUCGAGUCCACUCUGCAAAGUUCAGAGCUUCAAUCACAACAAUCGCCGACUUUUCUACCGAUUCCAAUUUGAGUUGUUUGAAGGAUGGGUCAAGCUGAAAGCGUCGCCGCCGUUUCGCCUCCCAAUGAUCUACCACCAAGCCCGAAUCCAUCUGCAAGUCCUGUCUCCGGUUCCUCUUCCGGUCCUCCAUCCAUGGAAUCUCUAAUUGCAGAAGCUGAAGCUUAUGGUAAUGAAACAAAUGAGUCUCUUGAUGCCAAAGCUAAUAGAGCGUUGGAGUGCCCCUGCAUAGCUGACUUGCGUAAAGGUCCGUGUGGGGUCCAGUUUUCUGAUGCUUUUCUUUGCUUCUUCAAGAGUACUGCAGAGGAAAAGGGAUCGGAUUGUGUGCAUCCUUUUGUGGCUUUGCAGAGCUGCAUAAAAGCAAACCCAAAUGCAUUCUCGAAAGAUAUCUUGGAUGACGAUGAAGAAGAAAAGGAAAAAGUAAAGACUGAAGAGCCAACUCAAGAUUACAGAGUCAUCCCUCCUUCAUGGUCUAGAGAACCUCAAAUUCCCAAGUCCAAGCUUUAGCUCAAACCAUCAGCUUCCAUUUUGUCUAUCCUGGUGACAAUUGGAUAUAUCUUUCUCCCUCCCAAACAAGCCCUGGACCAAGUACAAGAUCAAACUAAUUUUCAAAAGAACAAAAUUGAUUCGUAAACUAAGUUGGCCACUGCAUUGAAGGCUUUUUAUUUGUAGGUCACUUCUUCAUUCUUUUUGUUUUUGGUUUUUUGUUAGUUUUUCUAGUUCUUUGAGGUUUCAAGAAUCAAUUUGUGCAAUAAGUUGAUCUAAGACAGUAGGAUCUGCAAGUGUUGAGGUAUCUCCAAUCUCAUCCAACUGUUUGGAUGCAAUUUUUCUCAAAACUCUUCUCAAUAUCUUUCCACUUCUUGUUUUUGGCAACUCAUUUGCCCAAUGUAUUUUAUCAGGUGCUGCAAAUGCUCCAAUCUGGAAAUGCAAUAACAAAAUAUUUCACUCUUAAAUUACUUUC